AAUGACGACCCAUAAUACUAGAAUUGAACUGAGCCUGUUUGUAAUCUAUUAAAAAUCCAAUUGCAAUUUUUCUGUUGUAUUGCUGUCACAUACAAUCUCUUCCAGCUAUUUUAGGGGGCUACUAAUCUUUCUCCGUGGAUGUAACGUGUAGAUCCAGCGCAGCUAAAUAUAUAACGCAAUCACCAUCGCUAAUCUGUCUUGAAUUUUACUAACAUCGAUAUUCGAUGCGCAGCUUAUCAGCCCCAUCGAAAACACCUGCGCCCUAACGUAUCGCUAAUCGUUGCUCUAACACUAUUUGCCACUUAUUUCAGAUGUACUAACAUUGGAUGCCGAAAACAUUGCCGUCACUUUGCCUUUAUAUCAUGUAAUCCCGGCACAUGUAUCCGUUAGUAAAAAGUGUGUUAACAUCGCGUCGAUUUGUCACGACAGCAAUUGUUCUCGCUCACACCUUUUGCUCGGUUUUGUCCUCGAUGCAGAUGGAGAAGAUAUUCAGUCACGCGUGGAGAGGCCGCCAUGGAUGCGAGACGAAAGAGGAAUUGGACCAAUUACAGGAACGCCAGAGAACGCCCGAAGAAAUUCAAGGCCAAUUCAUCGAUGACGAUCAGGGUUUGCAACGACGUCACGCUGUGGACACUACUUUGAUGAUACACUUCUUCGGCAAGGACGGCACCAACGAGUUAAAAUACGACGAUUUCAAGCGCUUCAUGGAGAAUCUGCAACACGAGGCGUUGGAGCUGGAAUUUCACGAAUUCAGCAAGGGACACGACACGAUUAACGAGCUGGACUUUGCGAAAAUAUUGUUGCGAUACACGUACCUCGAGACCGACGAGUACGACAAGUACCUGGACAGAAUGCUGGACCGAGCAGAGUUGCAUAUUGGUAUCACAUUUGAAGAGUUCCGGCGCUUCUAUCAAUUUCUGAACAACCUGGACGACUUCUCGAUAGCGAUGCGAAUGUACACGUUGGCCGAUCAUCCUAUAUCCAAAGACGAAUUUCAACGCGCUGUAAAGAUAUGCACGGGAACGAUGCUUUCGACUCACAUAAUCGAUACAGUCUUCGCGCUAUUCGACGUCGACGGGGAUGGCCAGCUCUCCUACAAGGAGUUUAUAGCGAUCAUGAAGGAUCGAUUGCACAGAGGCUUUAAGUCUCAACAACGCAACGAGGGAUGGGAGGCAUUCAAGUUCUGCGUGAAACAAGAGAUGAAAGCGCCAUGAAGAACAAAUGAUGAAAUACGCGAGGAGCGUUCGCUAAUUUACAGAAGUCUCAUAAACGCUCAAUACUUUUCAGUAACGUUGAUCGUUAUCGAGUUAUUUCAUAAUUUCCUGCCUUUCUCGUGCUGACAUUUAUUUAUUCGAAAGUAUAUUAAAAUGUUUUACGCAAUACGCAGCCAAAUUUAUAAAAACCAUACUGUUGUUGAAAUGGUUAUAAUAUACAUAUAUAAAAGUCAUUAUUACUAAUAGGAAAACGAGAGCAGUUUGCGUGCUAAUUAAUAAAAACAAUAGAAACUACAAGGUAGAGAUUAUUCUACGUCUUUUCAACUGUUUCUUUAAUAUUAACUAAUCUAUUCUUGCUUUGUCACACAAUUUCACAAUUAAUUGUACUUUUCUACGAUUCUGUCUCAUACAAAAAUUCUCUGCAAACUUUUCAGCGAGAAUUACUUAUGUUAGCAGUUAUAGAAAAUGCACAAGUUAUCAUAAUACAUACUUUGUAUAAUACAUGUAAACAUAUAAUAAAUGUAUAAUACAUGAAAAUUUUAAUUUUCAAUAA